ACUCAUCAAGCAGUUGCAGUUUGAUAUUUUUUACUUUUCCAACACCUCCAACAUGAAGUUUCUGUUUUGCACCCUGCUCCUUACAUCAGCAGUAUUCGCUGGGGAAUCCUCGAAGCAGAAGAGAGGCCUUUUGCUCGGCGGCUUUGGUGGCGGCUACGAAAGCUCGUACGGAGGUCACGGAGACCUCGGCGGAUCUGGGGGAAGCCUCGUCGACCUCGGGAACGACGUAGGUAGCAGCGACCACGGCCACGUCCACCACAUCACCAUCCACAAAAAGAUUCCCGUGCCCGUGCCUCACCCUUACCCAGUUCACGUGGAGAAGAAGGUGCCCUACCCAGUCAAGGUCCCUGUAGCUGUCAAGGUCGACAAACCCUACCCAGUCCAUGUCGCCAAGCCAUACCCAGUCCACGUAGACAAGCCCUAUCCAGUCAAGGUGGUGAAGAACAUCCCAGUACCAGUCAGUGUUCCAUACAAGGUGCCAGUGCCAGUGAAGAUCCCCGUCCACAUCCCAAAACCAUACCCAGUUGCAGUCCACAAGCCAGUACCAGUCCUCGUUCACGACGUUAAGGUCGUAAAGAAACCCGUGCCAGUUCUCAUCAAAGCUGACGAACAUGGAAGCUUUGGGGGUGGGUUCGAUGGGGGUAUCAUCUCCGGAGGAUUUUCUGGAGGCCAUGGAUUCUCUUUUGGAGGUGGAUACGGUCACCACUAAGUCACUUUAAACACUACUGAUGUUCCUUUUAAAAUAACUUAAUUUUUCUACUUCGUACCUCGCGUGUUAAAUGUAAUUAGCUUUAAGUUAAAGAAUUUUUACAUUUAAGCAAAACAGAAAUGGAUUGUUAAGCAACUGCGAAGCUGCUUUGGUAGCACGAUACUUUGCCCAGUUUACUUCGUUUAUAUCAUUUUUUCUAAUAUGUGGCAGAUGACUCGUGAUUUCCAAAUCAGUUGUUUUCAUGUUUUCACUAUUAACCCCCAAAAUGUGUUUCGUUGUUCAUUUUUUAUACAUUAAAUUUUUCUACAUAAAAUAUUGGUCUU